GUGUGUAACGCGUUCCUCCCUGAACGCUGAAGAAUGUACGAACAUUUGAUCAGAAGAGCACUACACAAUGCAUAAUUUCACUAGCUAGUAUGUUAUAUUCUGAUAUGAUUUGUCUACGGAGAGAUUAGGGUGUGAUUCAGAUCGAUGGAAAACUAUGCUAAUUUUGCUAAUGCUAUCUAUCAGCUUUUUGUGAUCAUUUUGGGACAGUAGCAGAAGAAUCCACAAUGCCCAAUGCAAGUACCAAGCCCAAACAUGGCCGCAGAACAAGAAGACGACACAGAGAAGACCCAGCCAGAAACGAGCUCGUGUCCAGUUCUUUGGAGAGUGCCCAACAGUGCCUCUUCAACCAGGACUAUGGCACUGCAUUUGUGCACUACCUCCUCGCUCUCAACCUGGCACCUGUGUUUAAAGACUUUGCCAGAGACUCCUUCAGAUUUACUCUUUUUAAAUGGGCAGAGGAGCUGGACUCUCUUGGACGUAUCCAGGAUCUUUUUAGUUGCUACGAGCAGGCGCUGGAGCUCUUCCCUGACGAUGAGGUCAUCCUGAACAGCAUGGGGGAACAUCUGUUUAGGAUGGGGUUUCGAGAUGAAGCAGCCGGUCACUUCCACAAAGCCUUGAAGAUGAGACCCGACUACCCAGAGGCGCGGGAGAACUUUUACAGAGUGGCAAACUGGCUGGUGGAGCGCUGGCACUUCCUCAUGCUGAACGACCGUGGGAGGAAUCAAAAGUACCAAAAGGCCAUUCACAGGGCCGUCCAGAGCGGCUGCAGCACUGUACUUGACAUAGGUACUGGUACUGGAAUCCUUGGCAUGUGCGCUAAGAAGGCGGGAGCAGCACACGUGUACGCCUGUGAACUGUCUAAGACCAUGUAUGAGCUGGCCUGUGAGGUGGUGAGCGCCAAUGGACUGGGAGGGAAAAUCAACAUCAUCCACAUGAAGUCUUUAGAGAUGGAAGUGCCACGCGACAUUCCAGAAAGAGUGUCCUUGGUUGUGACAGAGACGGUGGAUGCGGGCUUGUUUGGGGAGGGCAUUAUAGAGAGUCUCAUUCAUGCUUGGCACAACUUGCUCUUACCACGACAGACUGAUGAACUGGAGAUUAGUGAGCCGUCCGCGACAGGCCGAGUGAUCCCAGCUGGAGCCACUGUGUUUGCCAUGGCUUUAGAGUGUCCCGAGAUCCGCCGCCAUCACAGGUUGUGUGUGUCGUCUGUUGGCGGCCUGUCCCUCGCUGCCUGUGGUGAUCUGCGGAGCCCGGUGAGCUGUAGCUCAGUGCCAGAUGACUCCAUGGAGCCGUACACCACUGAGAGACUGAGCCGCCUGCCUGGAGGAUACACGGCCCUGACACAGCCAUUCACUGCUCUCAAUAUAGACUUCAACAAUGUACAGGAGCUGGAGGGUCUAACCUCCAGACCAGUGCAGAGGGUGUGGCUGCCUGUCACUCAGGAGGGGGGGCUGGAUGCUCUGGCCAUUUGGUUUCAGCUGCACCUGGACCAGGACAACAGCCUGUCCACUGGGCCUGAGGAGGACACGUGCUGGGAGCAGGCCAUCUACCCUGUCCACACCACCAAGGAUUUUGCCCUUAAACUUGAAGACAAACUGCUGGUGGAAGUGUCCUGUCGAGAUGCCUAUUUGAGACUGUGCAGUGUUGCCGUGCUCAGAGACGGACAAGAAAUCCGCCUGGACAAACCCGCCCCAGACCUCACGGACCCCGGACCAAACCAGAACCCAGAGGCCCAACUAUGCAGCGCGUUAGCAAGCCUCCAAACCGACCACGACAAAGACUUCUGCGUGCUAGAAUGUGCCGAAAUGGCCCUUUUAAACAAUGAGGAAUACCAUAGAAGCUUUCAAAAUGCAGUAACAAAACUAUUCUCCCAAUUAAAGUUAGCGAAUCAAAAUAAACGACAAGGUUCUAGCGAACUUUUUUACGUCCUGGAUGUUUCUGAAGGCUUCUCCCUGCUUUCUCUCAUCGCUGCCAGUCAGGGUCAUGUGAAAGCUUACAGUUCGGUGGAGAAGAACAAGCAACAGGAAGUGCUCAAGAGGCUGGCCCGCUCCAAUAAUAUCCCAGAAGAGAGUCUGGAGUUCUGGCUCAAUGGCACAGAGGACGACCAGGGGGUGCUCCAGAGACCCUCCACGGAGAAGCUCUGGAGCGCCAUCAUGCUGGACUGUGUGGAGACGUGCGGGCUGGUCAGGCAGAAACUCAUGGACAAGGCCUCAUUAGCAAGGUGUUUGCUGGAGGAAGGAGGUAGAAUAUUCCCAGAGAGGAUUGUAGUUCAUGGGAUGCUGGUGGAGUCAGACAUGCUGCUCCUGGAGAGUGCCGUCCAGGGACAAGAGCCCACGCUGGGAUUCAACAUCGCUCCUUUUAUCAACCAGUUCACAGUGCCAGUGCAUGUGUUCCUGGACUUCUCCACGUUGGAGUGCAAACAUCUGAGUGAGUCUGUGGAGCUGUUUGUUCUAGACCUGAUGGACACCAGCGCAAACUACACCACCAGACAAGUCAAGGUCAGAGCCACACAUACUGGUAGAGUGACAGCCAUUCCCUUCUGGUACCACAUCUUCUUGUAUGAGGACAUCUGUGUGAGCACCCUGAGCCAGCACUCCCACUGGAAACAGGCCGCUGUGGUGCUGCAGGAGCCACUGGAGGUCAGGGCCGGAGACUGGAUCUGCCUCACGGUCAACCUGCACAAGAGCACCAUCACCAUCUCUGCUCAGACAGACAGCCAGCCCCACCCAAUGGACUAGAGUAGACGGGUUUAUGAUGAAUUAUGGCACCUCAGAAUCCAUAAAGUGGUGGAAGACUGUAGCUUUGGUCUCUGCUGUCUCAUCUGUACUAAUUGCAAGUGGUAACAAGCUAUGCAUAAAAAAAUCCCAUUUCAAAUCCUGCCUAGAUUUGAAAAUUUUAUAGGUGUAAAGCUGCUGUUACGAGAUAUGGGCUGACAGUAAACUGAGCCCCGACAAGUCCCAUUUUUUCAAAGGUGAAGCCAAUGUCGUUAAAGGGGGGAUUACACUUCUACAGAGUGUUAACUGCAAAGUGAAAAUGCUUUAUUCUGCAAAAAAAACAAAUUGAAAUGUGUAAUUGGUUUCAGUUUUGUUUUUGCUAUUCUGAGUCCCCCUCGCUCUUUGUCCCCACACGCUAAGUCACUCCCCCUUCAGAGCAAUAUCACAUUACAAUCAGCGUGCAUCCCACUAAUGAAACUACUGCACAUUGCAUCAGGAUUGUGAAGCUGUGUGUUGUUUUGUUUCAUAUUUUUGUAUAUUUAUGGAAAAAGCAUGGGUAACUUCGGCCUGUGAGUGGAGCUUUGGAUGGAAUAGUACAGCUAAUCUUAAGGAGGGUUUGAAUAGGGGCUGGGAGAGAUCGCUAAAUUACUCAAACAUGUAUGAAUGAGAUAUUAAAACUCUUCUGGCAUGUUUUUGAUGAGGGAACAAUUUUAUAACAUGGUAGAAAGCUAAAAAAGUUGUUUUUAGAGUCAUGUCAUAUUUAGAGGGGAAAAUCAGGCGGAAUGCAUAGAAAUUAACUUUAAGUCUAAUUUUUGGAGCAUACACUGACAUUAAUUCUUCCCAUAAUGAUAUAUUUGUCUUAUUGGGGUUACAGCUUUCUCUUUUAUUUCUCUUGAUAGUGUCCUUAUAUCAGUCGGACAUGUUUUUUUUGCCCAAUAAUGACCCAUUGACCCACUUCAAAAUUGUGGACAUAACCUAUUAAUUUACCUUACUGCAAGUACACACAUUCUGUCAUGUUCAUUUGGGAAAAAAAAGUGCAAAUUACUGGUACAUAUUACUUGGUGCUAUAAAUUUCAAUCUUUUUUUUUUAUCAAAUUAAAUAUUCUUUUAGCAUGGCUCAGAGAUUUCAGAUUGUAACACAGGCAGUUAUUCGUAAAACUCCACAGUUGCUACGUCAUUACCAUAGACUGUAAAGAAGUAGUCUAUAUACAUAUACAGUCUGUGGCCAAUACCAAUGCAUUUACAAAAUAUAGUGCUGCCAGACGUUCAAAUCACAACACUCCUGAUAUCUGUGUAAAU